UAAUUUCUGUCUUUUAUAUCCAAAUAGCACUUUCUCUGUGUUUUUCAAACAGUGCUUAAGUGUGCCCCUAACACAAAUAAAUCUAGGAGCUAAUUUUUCUAGUAUUUGUUUCUAGCCGUUUCUUGAAGGGUAGACACAUCAACAGCACAGUUAGACUGUUUGUUCCAUCCAUGUCCCCACUAUCACCCGUCAUUGUCACUAUUUGCUACACAAGAAUUAAGAUUUCUUUCACAAUACUAAAAUAAUGUUUUAUGUUUUAUUCAGUAGUAUUUUGCUCUCUCUUAUUGACAUUUUGCUUGAUUCCUAAAUUUAGAGUGGGGUAUUCAUCCUCCUCCCCCCCCCCCUCCUCAUCCACCUCCUGAGCAGCAGUGGAUUCCACCUACCCCUGCACCAAUGGAUACAGUACCUCCCUCCGAAGAUAGCAACAGCCAGGAUAGUGUUGAUUUUGCUCCAGAAUCGAGACACAAUAUGUUUAACCAAAAUAAUCACAAUUUUGGGGGGCAACCAGAUGGCUUUACAAUGACUCCUAUUCCAGUGAACCAGUUUGACUAUCAGCAUGGUGCUGCAGCUUUUGGCCCCCCUUCAUCUGGAUUUCACCCCCCUUAUUGGCAACAGGGCCCUACACAAAAUCGCAGAGAAAGGCCCCCUGCAUUUCGUGAACGGCAGCGAUCGCCAAUACAGAUGCCUGUGAAACAAGAGCCCCCUCCACUUGAUGCUGUGAAAAGGAGGACACUCCCAGCAUGGAUACGUGAAGGACUGGAAAAAAUGGAGAGGGACAAACAGAAAAAGCUUGAGAAAGAAAGAAUGGAGAAACAGCGUGCAGAAAUGGCAAAAGAUGAAAAAUCUAAAGAGGUACCAGAACAGGAGGAAGAUGAUGGACCUCGAUUACCACGUAAAAGCAAGUUUGACAGUGAUGAUGAAAAUGAAGAAGAAGAGGAGGAGGAGGAGGAGGAUGAAGAGGAGGACGAUGAAAAGGAUGAAGAUAAAAGAGUUGAAAUAAAAAGCCAGAUCCCAGAAAGCAGAAGUCCUUCUCCAGCACAUGAGGAACAGAGUGAACCAGAGAUGACUGAUGAAGAAAGAGAAUUUCAACUGAUGAUGUUGACAAAAACAAUUCUAACAGAAGUUCUUCUAGAAGUUACCAAUGAAGAAAUUUAUAAUGUGGCUAAAGAUGUUCAUCGCAAAGCAACGAAAGCUCCUGCAAAGCAGCUGGCACAGUCCAGUGCACUGGCUUCUCUAAGUGGACUUGGUGGGCUGGGUGAGUACGGUUCUGAUGACAGUGAAGAUGACAGAAGUGAGAGAGGCUCUGAAUCUUCUGACACUGAUGAUGAAGAGCUACGACACAGAAUCAGGCAAAAGCAGGAUGCCUUUCGAAGAAAAGAGAAAGAGCUACAGCUCAUUUUGGAAAGACAGCAAGCAGAAGAUGAAAAACAAGUUGAUCGAAUUAACAAAGAGAUGAAAGACCAUGAGAAAGAUCAGAUUGUUAGUUUGGUUAAACAAGAAGUUAAAGAAAGAGAGCCUGAGUCAGUAUCUGAGAAAAGAAAGUCUCGAGUUGACACUGAACUUAGUGAGCCUAAAAGGCCAGUGAAAGAAAAGGAGUGGUCAGGUAGGAGUAGAAGUCAGACCUCUUCAGGCAGCAACAGCAGAAGCAGCAGCAGUGAAAGCAGUAGCUCUAGUAGUAGCAGUAGUAAAUCAAGCAGCUCUUCUAGCUCAAGUUCCAUUAGCAGUAGAAGCUCCUCACGUUCCUCCAGCCCCAGGAGAAAGAAGAAACGAAGUAGGAGCAGAUCUCCCUCUCACAGAGCCAGGCAGCGUAGUCGCAGCCGAAGUAAAAGCUCUCGUAGACACAGGAGAGAACUAAGUAGAGAAAAAGGACGAGAUAGGAGGAAAUCCAGCAGAAACAGAAGCACAGAGAGAUCAAGGAGAAGAAACCAUAGCCGCUCCCGAGAUCAAAGGAGCAGUAGAGACCAGCGGAGGAGCAGAUCAAAAGAAAGAGUCAAGGAAAGCCGAAGCCGGAGUAGGGAUAGGCGCUGGAAUGAGGAGAGGAGAAGAAGUUCUAGCAGGAGUAGACGUAAACAGAAAGGCAGUAGCAAAGAUCGAGAAAGGAGGAAAGAAAGAAGUCGGAGCAAUGACAGAGAUAAAAAGAAGAAAGAUAAAGAACAGGAAAAAAAACGAGAGAGGCAGAAAAUAAAAGAAAAGGAGAAACAUGAAGAAAAGGAUUACAAAUCAGCAAGCCAGGAUGACAGAACAGGUAGUAAAACGAAGAGGAAAAGAGAGGGUGAACUGACAGAUCUCCGCAGUGAGUCUUCUAACAGGAUCUCCCGCCAGGAUAGCCGUUCCAGUAAGAAAACCUCUAUGAAGAACCCCAAAAGGGAUUCAGAUUCAGAGUCUAGUGGUAGGAGCAGUCCUCAUUCCAUAGAGAUUAGUAAGGAGAGGAGAUCAAAGAAAUCCAAACGUAGUCGUUCACAAUCAACGGAAAAAUCUCACAAGUCUGGUAAGAAGGCAAGCCGCAAACACAAGUCUAAGUCGCGAUCAAGGUCAGUUACACCUGUACGUCGCAAGCGUUGAGGAGUAACAUUGCACCUGAACCGUGCUCUUUAUUUUAAAAUUCCAUGAGUUUUAAAAUGCUUGUCUCAUUAUAGAGGCAACUGUGUAGGUGAAAUAC